ACCCUGAGAUCUGUUCGCCAUCAGUUUCCUGCUACGGGGAGUACAGCGGCGUUUGGACAGGAUUGGACCAAAGAGCACCGGCAGCCUCCAACAACAGAACAUCACUGUACAAUGAAUCGGUUAUCAGUAUCUCCACCUCUACAAACUCGCCAAUUCACACUGUUACUGCUGGUGAUAGGCCUCUCUACGUCUGGUGUAGCCGAAAUCAUCAGUCUGGACUCGGGCAACAUCGAUGAAGUCUUAAAUAAUGCUGGGGUAGCAUUGGUUAACUUUUAUGCUGACUGGUGUAGGUUCAGUCAGAUGCUCCAUCCCAUUUUUGAGGAGGCAUCCAACGUGGUGCGGGAGGAGUUCCCUGAGACCAAGCAGGUGGUGUUUGCCCGUGUGGACUGUGACCAACACUCCGACAUUGCCCAGCGGUACCGCAUCACCAAGUAUCCCACGUUGAAGUUGUUCCGCAAUGGGAUGAUGAUGAAGAGGGAGUACAGGGGUCAGAGGUCGGUGGUGGCUAUUGCAGACUUCAUACGCCAGCAGCAGGUCGACCCCGUGAAAGAGCUGCACUCACUCGAGGAAGUUAAUUCUCUGGAUAGGUCUAAAAGAAACAUCAUUGCUUACGUUGAGAAGAAAGACUCCGACGGUUAUCACACAUAUGAAAAAGUUGCCAACAUACUGCGAGACGAUUGUUCUUUCUCAGCUGCCUUUGGUGCUGUCUCUGAACCCGAGCGUUUCAGUGGAGACAAUGUCCUCUACAAACCAUCGGGCGAAAAUGCGCCUGACAUGAUCUACCUCGGCUCCCUCAGCAACUUUGACCUGACUUAUGCCUGGACCCAGGAUAAGUGUGUGCCUCUGGUGCGAGAGAUCACGUUUGAAAAUGGAGAGGAGUUAACUGAAGAAGGGAUUCCUUUCCUCAUUUUGUUCCAUGUGAAAGAUGACGCAGAAAGCUUAGAGAAAUUCCAACAUGAAGUAGCGCGCCAGCUCAUCACUGAGAAAGGUUCCAUAAACUUUCUCCACGCGGACUGCGAUAAGUUCCGUCAUCCUCUUCUCCAUAUCCAGAAAACUCCAGCCGACUGCCCCGUCAUUGCCAUAGACUCAUUCAGACACAUGUAUGUCUUUCCAGACUACAAAGACCUCAGCGUUCCUGGCAAAUUAAGACAGUUUGUGUUGGACCUUCACUCUGGAAAACUUCACCGUGAGUUCCACCAUGGUCCAGACCCCACUGACAGCACCCCUGGACAGGAGGAUAUCGGAGGAGAAGCUGCCAGCAACCCACCAGACAGCUCGUUCCAAAAACUGGCGCCCAGCGAGACCCGAUACACCAUCCUCAGAGACCGUGACGAGCUGUGACGUGAUUGGACUUUUGGCAAUUCUGUGACUCAAUGCCACGCCCUGGGACUGGGAGGGGGUUAGGGUUGGGACAGACUAACGGGACAGAAAAGCAACACCCAGCACCCUUACUGAAAAAAGAGGGGGGAGACAGAAGGAGUGAAGGAGAAGACGGUGGCACAGUUCAUGACUCAACCAUGUGGGAAUAACCUAUAUUUUCAUAACUCUUUCACAUACAAGUUUUAUUUUGGAUUAUAAGGAAAGGGUUACUGAUGAAAUGUUUGUGGGCAGAGGGUUUGGGGCAUCAGACGCAUCAUGAGAAGUGUUUUUACCUUCUUUUUUUUUUUUGGAGUUUGUAAAUAUGUUUGUGCUACAUGGGAGUCUCGUUGUUGGUCUAAAUUAAAUACAGAGGUCUUUUUUUUUUUUUUUUAAUUUUCUUCCCACCAGCCUAUAUUCUACGGAAGAAACUAAAGAACAGUUCCCUCACUCCAGUUUAUGGUUCUUAUCUAUGGGUUCUCAACUUCAAGGUGACCUCACGACUGCAUCUCAACAUGAACAGCUGUAGGAAAAUGAAUUUAGCACAGGUCUUUACAGUGAAUCAGUUUGAAGUAGCUGUAUCUUGUGUCUUCUACGCGCGCGCACACACACACACACACACACCCUUGUAGUUUUGAAGGAAGACAAACAUAUUGUACAAAUACAACAAAUAGACUUGAGACAGAAGACAGUGAUACAGAGCGUCUCCUGCUGAUUGAGAUGCACACUCUCUCUCCCUGGUACUAAAUGCUAACAGAUAAAGACGCCGUUGCCUGUUUUCUUUCUUUUUCUGUUCUGUUCUAUAGCACUGCAGCCAAGAGGGUGGUGUAAGGAUUCCCUGUGUGCGUUUGUAGUAAGGUUUUUAUUGACCACGUGAACGGGGUUCUUGUCCCCCAUCAUGGAGCCUGCUGGUGGCAACAUCAUGCUGUCGACAGGUUCAUCAGCAAUAAGUCAAGAAUUUGAGUAAUUUAAGUUAUUCAUUCACAAAUGAAGUCAAAUUAUUACAGAAACAAGGAUUAAACGAACCGUUUAUUUCCCCUCUUGCAUUUCUAAAAAGCUUUUUACUUGUAGUUUCACCCGACAACCACAAGUUGCCAGUCUUUUUGUACCACUUUGCCAAUCUUCGGAACCGCAUUUGGCAUCAGUCUUUUCUGUUAAUUUUAUUUUUUAUUUUUUUUAAAUCAAGCUGUUCAAAUAACAGUUAAAGGGACAUGCCGUGUUUUCAGGGGGCACAAAAUAGACAUUUGGAAUUGAUGUCAAGGAUAGGAAAAUGUUCUGAAUUUGUACUAUAUCACGGAAGCCAAUUUAUAAAAAGGUAUCAUCAUGGUAGAGGAGAAAACAACCACACGUGUAACAUUGAUCCUCUAAAAACCACUUUGUCUCCACUGUGAUUGAAGGCUCUGGUACAACGUCAACAUCCCUGAGGUCCAUGGAAUUCAAACUCAACAUUUGUGGCCAAACACAAGAGUAUGGAAAACCAUCGCUAACUUUGUACUGUCCAUGGCCUGCUCUUCUCAUAAGUGGCCAUUAAGCUCCUGCUUAAAGUGACAUAUCAGCCCACCUACAGGAGAGCAUCAUGGGAUAGUGUGAUGUCAUUUCUUAACCAGUCAUCUCAGAGGAGAAACAGAAAAAAAAAAGUUAAAUUAAAGAUCAUUUUACAAAA